AUGGCAGAUAUACCUUCUGUUUAAUUUUUUGGAUAAAUGCCACCUUAAAUAUCAUCUCACUAUACAACCUUUGAGGAUAAUUAAAAUGUACUAAUCUAUCUCAAUUACUUUGAGAUUGAUAAUUAAAUGUUAAUCCUUCUAUCUCCUAGUCCAAUUGAAUAUAGUCAAUAAAGUAUAUUUUUAUUACUAUCAUUAAAGGUUUCAUUGUAUUUAGUUCAACCAUUCGUCCUCGAUAUAGAGUUUCUUAGAAAUUAAUGAUAUCUAUAGAUUAAUUUAAAUCAAUUGUAAGCUUCAACAUUUUGUUAUUUGGUGAUUUAUAUUUGACAAAUAAAACAUAAUCUUAACCUACCAAUGCUCGAAACUUUUAGACAUUUAUAACUUCAAAUCCUUUACCAUAAAUUAAUAUCUUAGUGGUUCCUGGAGUUUAUAGUAUAAACUUUGAUUAAAUCUAUGAAUUUUUGGAAAGCAAAUUAGCAUUAAAAAAUGAAUGUAUAUAACCAUAACCUAAAUAUGAUAUUCUUGUUUACACUACAAAUCCUUAUAGAGUUUGUAAUAUUCAAUUUUAAUUUGAUAAAACUACUUAAUUAAUUGAUUAUUUCUAUUAUUUAAUUGACAAUCAUAUCUAUUCAGACAUUAAUGAAAUUCAAUAGAUUUUUCUAUUAGAUAAUAUAAAAGGUACACUAUUGGAUUUCUUGUCAGGCAAAAAUUAACAACCUUCUGCUUAUUUUAUUCAAUUAAUUAGAAAGAACUUUAGUUACAAUACUUAGGAUAAUAGAUUCUAUAUAUUGUAACAAAUAAAGGGUUUUAAUUAGAUUCAUCAAAAUGCUGAUUUUGUAAAGAUUUGUAAUAUAUUAUACUAAUAUAAGUUUAGUUUGUUAAAAUUGUGAAGAUGGAAAUAAAUGCACUCUAUUAUCUUCUAAUAAUUAAUAGAUUUUUUUCUCUGGAUAAAGUUCAUUAUUUAAAUAUCCCCUAUCAAUUAAAUUUAUGGAUUUAGUUAGUAGAACAUUUUCAAAUUUGAUUUGUCAAUUAUUAUUUAUAGCAAAUGCUUAGAAUGCUACUUAUUAAAUUGAUAGAUUGGCCAAUAUAGAUAGAAUUGAAGAAGCUAUUUCUUGUCCUUCAUUUAAUCCACAAAGAAAUUAUCAAAAUUUAGAAAUGUUAGGUGAUGUUGUAAUUAAGUAUUUAACAUCUGCAAUGUUAUUUGAAGAUAAUACUUAUAAAACAGAAAAUAGUUUAUCUUCAGCAAGAGUUCGUUUAAUAACAAAUAAACAUUUAAGUGGAAUCUAUGGAAAACUUAAAUUGAAUACUAUGAAUUUUAAAAUAAAUUGUAAGAAAUUUUUAAAUCAUAUGAUGAUGAUUAUUAAUGAAUAAGAGGAUCCAAAAUUAUCUCAAAAAUAAUAAGCAGAUAUUUAUGAAGCAUUAUGUGGAGCUUGUUAUAUUAAAAAUUAUGAAUUUAAAGAUUUGAUGGAUUUUUUUAAAUUAACAAAAUUUGAAUUUAAGGGGAAGGUUCAAUAAUUUUAUAAAGGUAAUUCUUUGAUUGAUUUCUCAAAUGAUUCUUAAGAUACAGAUAAUGAUAAUGAUUAUCCUUUAAAAAAAUAAAUAUAAAAAAGACCAUUUACAGAAAUCUUAAAAUUUAAUUAACCUUUUAAAGAAUUUGAAGAUUAUUUAGGAUGUUAAUUAAAUAAUAUUGCUGAAGCUAUGACUGUUGAUUAAUUUGAAAGAUUAGAAUUUUUUGGUGAUGCAAUACUUGAAUUAUUAGUAAUUGUGAAUGUUCAUAAAGAAUGUGAAAAAGUAUACUAUAAUUCAAGAUAAUAAUAAUUAUGUCGUGAAGGUAAAAUAACUUAGAAAUUGUUACUUUGUCCAGGAAUGUUACAUACAGCUAAAAUAUCAUUACUUGAUAGAGGAUUUAUGGGUACAAUGGCUAUGUACCAUAAUUUUCAUUAAUAUGCAAGAAAUCUUUCAAGAGAAACUUAAAAUGAUUUAAAAAAAGCAUUAACAUUAUUAAGAGAAGAUCAAUUUAAUGAUUUUAGAAAAAUCAAUUAAUAUUCAUUAUAAAUUCCAAAAAUAAUGAGUGAUCUAUGGGAGAGUGUAGCAGCUUGUAUUUUAGUAGAACAUGGUUGGGAAAUGGUAGUUAAAAUUUAUGGAGAAUUGUACAAACCAUAUAUUAAAUAUUUUGUUGAUAACAUUUCUUUAAUUUAUGAUUUUUAUCAAAGUUCUGGUAGUUUGAAAUCAUGA